UUUUAAAAGACGUUUCAUUGUCUAUAUGAUACUUAACGUUCAAUCGUCUCACCUAUGUAACGUGGCAAAAAAAUUCUGAGGCCUCAAUCUACAAAAUAAAGAACCAAGGUCAGCCAGUAAUCGGAAUAAAAUUACUGUAAUUAUUACGAACAAUCAGCAAACAGAAAUGUCGUCUGUGUCCUCGAACGACAUUGUUUGCUAAAUAGUCAUACAGUAUUUUCUCUAACCGCGCUGAUUCAUUCAGAAACAGAAAAUGGCUCUCCCUUCCGAACAAUUGCAAUUGUUAUUUCAGCGACAACAGCAGCGUUUUAAAAAGAAUCGGUUGAAAUUUAUAGACAAAUUUCACACACGGCUGCUGAAUCAUCCAUGCUUUGAAGAUGUGACGGAACUAAGUGAAUUAAUUUCUAAAUCGCGUACACAGUUGGAAAAUGAUUGCAGAAUGAAUGAAUGUGUCAGUGAAGGCCUCCAUGAAUCAGUAAUUAAAACAAAACAGUAUCAGUCAUACAUGAUCCGCUCAGUGGUCGAUUUGUUCAGGAGUUCCACAUUAAGACAAGUCUUCUAUCUAAGGCUUCUUGAUUUCCGGUGGUUUUCUUAAAAAGAUCAGUUCGUGAUAUUCAUUAUUUCAAAAUAUGCACUAUAG